AGUGCACCAGUUCUCAAAACUCGUGUUGCCAUAUCCCGAGACCAUACGCCAUGUACCGCGGUCAAUCCGACAGCACCGAAAAGUCUGUGAGCCUUCGCCCAACGGUGGUUCUGGUGGACCCGUGCUCCACAGGGGCCAUGUUGGCACGUGAGCUGGAGCAACGAGGCUACGCGGUGCUGGCCCUCUGGACUCAGGAGUGCGGCGAGCACCGAGGCCACCUCCCUGCGGCCGCGGAAGGCUUUCCCGAGAAGUUCCUGGCUGAGGUCGAUGAGGAGGCAACGCUGGCUCUGACAGCAAAAGCUAUCCGCAAGGCAGCGGAUGCGGAACCCAUUGCAGUGAUUUGUGGUGGAGAAACUGGCGUGAAGGUAGCCGAUGCCUUUUCCGAGUUCUUGGGCCUCCGGGGGAACACCACGGCCGAUGGCAUGCAGAAUCGCCGCGACAAACAGGUCCAGCAGGACGCCGUGAAGGCUGCUGGACUGCGCGCGGUGCGCUCCGUUUGCGGUCGAAAUUGGGACGAGGUGCGGCACUUCACCGAGACCGAGAGUUUCCCCAUCAUCGUGAAACCUGUGGAAUCUUCGGGGUCAGAUGGGGUGAAACUUUGUCACAGCAAGAGUGAGGCAGAAACUCACUUUCAGCUCCUUAUGACCUCUCACCGCAAGUGCGGAUCGCAGCAGGCCGCAGUCUUGCUGCAGGAGUACUUGAAAGGCAAGGAGUACAUUUUGGACCACGUCUCCCGUGAUGGCGUUCACAAGACCACCUUGGUUUGGGUCUACGACCGGCGCCCGGCCAACGGCGCGGGCUUCGUCUGCUUCGGGCAGCAGUGCGUGGCCUCCGACUCCGAGGUGGCACGGGAGCUGAUCCAAUACACACGCGGCUGUUUGGAUGCCCUGAAGAUCACCGAUGGGGCCACACACACCGAGGUGAUGAUGACCGAGACCGGUCCCUGCUUGGUCGAGGUCAACAGCCGUUGCCACGGAGCCGCUGGAUCCUGGAUGCCCCUGGCUCGAGCGCUCACCGGCUACACCCAGGUGGAUGCAUGCGUGGAUGCUUUCUUGGAUGAAAACGCCUUCGCAGGACUGCCUGACGUACCAUUGCCAUUCCAAGCCUCCGGACAAGUGUCAAUGCUGAUCUCUUAUCAUGAGGGUGAGGUGGAAUCCACCCACUUUCACAAAGUGCGGGAGUUGUCUUCCGUGGUCUUCUUGGAAGAAUUCCUUCAGGCCGGUGGACGAUUGGAGAAGACCGUGGAUCUCUUUGGUCUCGUGGGGAUGUGCGUCUUGGUGCACUCGGACCCCAUGGUGCUAGCAAGCGACCUUGCAACCAUUCGCUCCAUGGAGGAAAACGGCUCCCUGUUUGUUUUGGCAAACUGAGCUGGGUAAUUAUGUGGAGUUUGUUUUUUGCUGAGAAGCGAUAGUUUGCUCGUU